AUGGGUUAUCCCUUCGAGGAUGCCACAGACGCCGAAAUGGACUCUGCCGGAUUGAACGUGGCUGCCGAAUCCAAUGUGAAGCCUACCCAAGAGGCGGAGAACAUCACGAACAUUAACAAGGAUGCCGAGCCCUUGCCUCCCAUCUCCCGACUACUCAGUGACUCUUUUCCAGAUCUUGCCACUGUCCAGACGUCUGAUGAUAUGCAAGCUCACACCGAGGAGUCUGAAGCAGAUGCACAGGCUAGAGGCACUGCUAACAGUGCCGAAGAUGUCGAGAUGCCAGACAUUCCUUACUCCGGCACCGCCGCAAUUGAGGGAUUUUUGUCAACAGAUCAUCUACAACCUUCUAACGAUCCUGCAGAACAACCACUUUCGUACCAAAAUUCCCAAGUUCUUGACAACAUGGCCAAUAUCAAAACUCCUGUAGGUGAGGAUGCCAUUGUCAAAGACAAUUCACCCGAAUAUCAGCACAUAAUCUAUCCAGAUGAGGAUGAUUUCGUUGAACAGGAUCCAUUCGACGACACGGACAGUUUUAUUGAUCUGACCGGCCCGGACAAUGACUCUCAGCCCGCUUCGCCACCAUCAUCUGAUCCACCUAUCAAGACAGAACCAGGCGAGCAAUCAUCAGCAUGGUACCCAAAUCUGAAAAUUAGGCAGCAGCCACAGGAUUUCAAUGACGACUACAAAGAUUUGCUUGUGUCUCAAGAUAACGCAGGUGACGCAACAGUAUCUAUUAAGCAAGAGGAUUAUACCACCAGCUUCUCCUUCCAGUUACAUAACAUUCAUCAAGCAACCAAGACACGUGUUGCCGGCACUGAAGAAGAGCCAAUUGAACUUUCCAGUGAUAGUGACGAUGAUGACUUGUUGGCACUAGAACAGCCGGCCAUUUCUCACAAUCUUGCUGCUUUUCCCAGCGGAUCCGACCUUGAUGAGGGUGACAGCGAAUUUCCUGAUAUCCAGCAGAUGAAGUACGGCAUUGACAUGGACGAACUCAGAAAGAAAAUAUCUGCGCGAGAACAGAUCCAGUUGAGUGCGGUAUCUAGUAAAGUCAAAUUGCAGCAACGAUUACGGCUUCAGAAACUUGACGACGAAAUUAAGAGCGAGAGAAAAAGACUGAAUAGUUCAGAUGACGCGGAGAUCAGUAUUUUCAUAUCUGGAAGUGAGCUCGGGUCGGAUACUAAAGAAGAUGGCAAAGGAGGAAACAUGACUAGAAACCAUCAAGGCCCUCGAGCCAAGAAUGCAAGUGAAUGGUUUGAGAAGUAUGGUCAUAUUGCCAAUUUCUUGGGAGGCUCCAGGAAACGAAGAUCUUCAAACCCUGAUCAUGGACUUUCCAAAAACCGAGUCAAGAAAACGCGUGCCAAGUCAACGACUGCUCAGCGACAGGCCAGAGAGAAACUUUUCGAAACAUUGCUCAAUCACGACCCGAUAAAAAACCGUAGGGCAUGGGGUGGUGUGUCUGCGACUGUGGUCAAGGCCAGUAACAAAAAGGAUAAGUUCAAACAACUCAGAGAAGGUGCUGGAUCGGACUAUACAGACGCGGCUUCGGACGAACGCAGACUGAAGCUGGCUUCCCAAGCUUUUGGGGACGGCCAAUGCAAGCCAAAUAAUGACAAGUGGAUCCUAAAGGGCAUGAAAACGACACUACUUGAUCAUCAAGUCGUGGGUGGUGCUUGGAUGUUGCAACGAGAGUUCGGGGUUGAUGGACUUCCUCGCGGCGGCCUUGUCGCAGAUGAAAUGGGCAUGGGCAAGACAGUACUAGCACUCACAUGCAUCGUGUCUAAUCAAGCUCAAACAAAAGAUCUCGUCGAUUGGAGUAAGACGACACUUAUCGUCGUACCGUCAAGUGCAUUACCUCAAUGGAAGCAGGAGAUCAAGAAGCACGCCGGCGAUACCUUGAAACAUGUAAUGCAAUUCAAGAGCAGUGCCCACGGGGAAGAUGCGCCAGGUGUUUGUAUCAGAGCAAUGGAUAUUGUUAUGGUGACUUACAAUGAGGUCGCUUCGGAAUACCCAUCAGAGAAGUUUCGCAAGGAGCUCAGCAAAAGAGGAUUGAGUCAGAAAUAUCAAGAGAAGCAGAUCGAAGAAGCCACCGGGCCAUUGUUCAAGGUUCCAUUCUGGAGAAUCAUUCUAGACGAGGUCGACAACAUCAAGAAUCGCAAAACACGGACAUCUCUUGCUUGUCUGGCACUUCAAGGUCGGCAUCGUUGGGGUAUGAGUGGUACUCCUCUCCACAAUUCGAUACAUGAAUUUUACCCGUACUUGAACUUCAUCGGAUUGCCAGCUGCUUCUACUUAUCAGAAUUUCGUGAUGAAGUUCGGAAACAUCCAAAACGACGAUGUUAUGGUAAACUUUGAAACUGUGUUGCCAGAUAUUAUGCUCCGCCGUACUUCGAGCGACAAGUUCAUGGGUAAACCCUAUUUUGUUCUUCCGGAUUCCCAUGACGGUGUCAUGCGUAUUGAACUGAGUGGUGAAGAACGCGUUAUAUAUCGGGAAAUCGAGAUCUCCGCGCUGUCAGAGCUCAACGAUAUUCUUAGUAGUCCUAAGAGUCAAAGUAUCAAGAAAUGUGCUUUCGAAUUUCUUAAUUACCUACGUAUGGCCACAGCCCAUCCGUUUCUUCUCGAAGGACUAUUCAGGAAGGUCUUCCAGCCCGAAAAUAUUGGAUCCAUCCAGAAGCAACUGAAAGAGAUUGGCGGUCGACAGCCACUGUACCAACAGAUCCGGUCCCACCUUGGCAAUCUGGCGAAGCACACAGGGACUGGUGUUAAGUUUGGCAAAGGAAACUUUGGCUACCAUUUCGACAUGGAUAGCCAGCUUGAGCUCGCGCGAGCCGCUCAGAGAGAAGAUGUUUGCAGAAUUUGCUUGGAUUAUCCAAUGGAACCGAAACAAGCAGAGUGCGAGCAUGUGUUCUGCUCGGAGUGCAUAAAAUCUUACAUCGCCGACGUCUGGGAGAAGACAGAACGUAUGCCAAGAUGCCCCGAGUGCAGCAGGCUCAUUAAUGGCCUCAAGAGGAUAGAAAUGAAUUGUGAUAUGGAAGAUAAUGAGCCGACUAAAUCCACCCCACCUUCUGCUACCUCUAAAUACCCCAAAGGCCGAGGCAUCACUCUUCAAGAAGCAUUUGAAGCUGCUGAAACACCAUCGUCUUCCAAGCUUCUACAUAAAGACGGAAGGCAACUGGGAGACGACAUUCUUGGAUACCAGCCAAGGCACCACAAAUUUAAGACGCGCUUUUUCACGGAGAGCGAUAAGAAUUACCCGGAGAAGCCGAUGACUCCAAGUUCAAAGGCGACCGCUAUCAAAGCAACAGCACUCGAAUGGCUAACAGAUGCCCCCGAUGACAAGAUCAUCAUUUUCUCAUUGUUCACAAAGAUGAUGCGAGUUAUCGGUCGCAUGCUGCAAGACGAAGAGAUUCCAUUCAUUUAUUUUGACGGUAGUCUAUCUGCCAAACAGAAAAAGUAUGCAACAGACAAGUUUUCCAGUGAUCCAAACGCCAAGGUUAUGAUCAUGUCUUUGAAGAGCGGUGGAGUGGCUCUCAAUUUGACAUGUGCCAACCGCGUGAUUAUGUCCGAUCUCUGGUGGAACCAUUCCGUUGAGAUGCAGGCGUUUGGCCGCGUCUACCGUUACGGCCAGACCAAGCAGACCUAUUACAGAUGCAUAGUUGCCAACGAUACCAUCGACCAGCGACUCGAAGAGCUGCAGGCACAUAAGUCAGAGCAGAUUGAGAAAGUUAUGAAGGCCAGCAAGUGGCAAGAUCUCCCUAUAGAAACGAUCGCCAGCCUCUUCGGUCGCGUUACAACGGACGACAGUGGCAACAUUCGUGUAACUGCUUACGCCGACGAAAGUGACGACGACGACUGA